AUGGCCAAGAUCUCGCGUGGUGCCCCUGGUGGCAAGCUCAAGAUGACCCUGGGUCUCCCUGUCGGUGCCGUCAUGAACUGCGCCGACAACUCCGGUGCCCGAAACCUCUACAUCAUCGCCGUCAAGGGUAUUGGUGCUCGCCUGAACCGAUUGCCCGCUGGUGGUGUCGGUGACAUGGUCAUGGCCACCGUCAAGAAGGGAAAGCCUGAGCUCCGAAAGAAGGUCCACCCCGCCGUUAUCGUCCGACAGUCCAAGCCCUGGAAGCGAUUCGACGGUGUCUUCCUGUACUUCGAGGACAACGCCGGUGUUAUCGUCAACCCCAAGGGUGAGAUGAAGGGCUCCGCCAUUACCGGCCCCGUCGGUAAGGAGGCUGCUGAGUUGUGGCCCCGUAUUGCCUCCAACUCCGGUGUCGUCAUGUAA